CGUGCCCGUAAUAAACACUGAGAGCAAAAGUGCAUCAAUUGUUUCUUUAGAUGCUGAACCAAAGUUGUUUAUUGGAACAUCACCGGUAAGUGAGCCUGACUUACCAGCAUAUGCCGUUCGCUCUCCUUUGAAUUUUGAGGUAUACAAAAAACAAUCAGUAACAAAGGCUCAGAAGAAGGCAACUGAUAAUGCAAUAAGAGAUGGAUUUGUAAUUGAUUUUAUCCAUGCUUUUGUAAGCAACAAAAUCAACUACUUUGUCAUGGUGUAUGAUGAGAAAUAUGGUGAAACUACGCACAAAUAUCAAACGUACAUUGCGCACCACUGUCAAUCUGACCUAUCUUAUCUUUCGUAUAUUGAGCUACCAUUAGUGUGCCGCCACAAUGGACAGAGUUACACGCUAGCUCAGUCAGCUUAUCUCGCUAAAAGAGUUCCAUCAGAACCAAAUUCAUCGGAGCUUGAACUCGUUGUAACAUUCGGAAUGUCUGAGAAUGCGGCAAGCUUAAUACCAGAAAGAAAAUCAGCAGUUUGUAUGUACUCUCUGACGGACACAAUUGAGUAUUCGUUUCUAGAGGCAUAUAAAGCUUGUGCUCGAGGGAAUACCACGUUUAAAACAAUCAAGUGGGCAGGUCAUAAUCAAAACACGUGCACUGACAAUUCACGUUGGACUGAAUACCUACAGUCACAGCAGGUACCGUACUGCCAUGACCUGGAUCAAAUACCUGAUCUUGGGGGAAAUGCUCCAAUCAUAGACGAUGCCAUAUACCAGGAAGAUGGUACGCUUUACACAUCAGUUGUUUUUCAAUAUAUUGAUGAGGUACAAGAAAGUGUAAUUUUCCUUGGUAAUGAUGAGGGCAGCCUCACAAAGCUGCGAUUGAAUUCGGAAACUGCCGCACAAAAAUAUGAGAAACUGACAAUAGAUGCAGGAAAAGAAGUAAUAAGGAAUGGACUAGUUUUUAGUACCGACGCUGCCUCAAUUUAUAUGAUAACCCAACAGCAGAUUACCAAAGUACCAGUAGAGGAAUGUGAGCAGUAUACCACCUGCAACGAAUGUCUUGGUGUCGGUAAUGGUGCUGGUGACCCGUAUUGUGGUUGGUGCACACUGAUGAACAGAUGUACACGCAAGAAUGACAAAGCAUGCACAGGGGCUGAUAAAGUUGGAGAGAAUCGUUGGUUGAAUAAUCUGGACCAAUGUAUCCAGAUUAGCAAGAUUGAGCCGGCUAAUUUGCCAAGCAAUAUGCAAAUUGAGUUAACGAUGACCGUCAGGAGCCUUCCAAAAGCACCAGUUGAAACAUAUUCCUGCGUCUUCGAAAAUAUUCUAACAACUCCGGUUAUCUCUAUCGACAAUUCAACUAUACCCCCUACCUUAAAAUGCAAAACACCCCCACAAGAGGAUAUCCAGUCUGGAGGGUCUCUGGAGGUUAAACUGUCCCUACUAUCAAAUGAGACCAACAUGGAGUUUGUCAGCAGUAAAUUUGUCUUCUACGACUGCAGCGCAUUCAAGGAUUGCACUAGUUGCGUGUCAAGUAACUUUGCCUGUGAUUGGUGCAUUUAUGAGAAUAAAUGUACAGGCAAUUCCCAACAGUGUAAACUACAAGGGGUGGUUGGCGGACAAGGGCUCUAUAGAGAUUUUACACUGAACGCCCAGACCAAUGCCACAAAAUUUGGACCAGAUAACUGCCCUCGCUUGGCAAAACGGGAAGCAGAGAUUCUUCUGCCCGUUGACACCAGAAGAGCUAUUGAAGUUGUGGCUCAGAAUCUGCCUGAGGCUGGUCACCCAGCAUACGAGUGUGUUUUGGAUGAAGAUGUUGUGAAGGCAGAAGUGACAGGUGAUACCAUCAGAUGCACACCCAAUGAGUAUUCAUAUGCAGAAUUCAUACCGGACAAACCUAUCCUUUUGAAGGUGCGCUGGAAUAAUGAUUUCAUGAUUGAUAAUCCAUAUAAUGUUACAGUCACCCUGUACAAGUGCAAGGUUAACAGGACCACAUGUGGAAAGUGCCUUCUUGCAGACAGCAAAUACGAUUGCGGAUGGUGCGAACAGAACUCGUGUCAAUUCAGAGAUCACUGUGUAAGUGCAGCAGAGUUCCUGAGUGGAAACGUGGUCUGUCCUGAUCCAAGAAUUAAAAGUUUUAGCCCCCUGAAAGGACCGAUUGAAGGAGGAACUCGUUUAGUUAUCAAAGGCGAGAAUCUCGGACUGUCAUUCAACGAUACGCAGAGCAUCACAGUUGCCGAUGUGGAGUGUGUACCGGAGGAGGAGGGAUAUAUACCAUCAGAGCAGUUGCAAUGUACCCUGAGCAACACGGAGGCCAGUAAGAGUGGAAAAGUUAAGGUCACGAUUAGCAAAGGAGAAACAUAUUCAACAACCUCUGAAACAAACUAUGCAUUUGUGGUUCCAGCAGUGAACAAGAUCAGUCCAGACCUGGGUCCUAAGUCUGGAGGAACGAAUGUUGUUUUAGAGGGACAACAUCUAGAUGCUGGCUCCACUGUCAAUGUUACCAUCGCUGAUCACCAGUGUCUGAAUAUUGAGAGGAAGGAUGAUGGCACGAUUCAUUGCACAACAUCUCCGGUUAGCAACCUGACAACCGGUGGCGUGCUCUUGAUGAUUGAAUUUUUUGUCGUUGAUACGUAUUGGUUGUUUUCGCAGGAGUGUAUGAAUGCAACUAUGGAUUCAAUGACAUGCAAAGCCCCCGACAUCUUUAGCAAGUUUCCCUCGGAAGGUGAUUUCAUGGAGGUUCCCCAUUACGGAUUCAUACUUGAUGGUGUUGAUACGUACCGGAAUGGUGUGGAGAAAUUCUCGAACUUUAAGUAUUUUGUGAACCCUAUUUAUACUGGUCUGGCAAACAAUGAGUACAAGAAAGAUGGUUUAAGCUAUGUGACCAUAAAGGGUAAGAAUCUGAACCUUGCUUCCACGAAAGAUGAUGUGAAAGUAAGGAUUGGACAAGGGAUGUGUGAAGUGACGGACUUAGGUAAUACCCAGCUGACCUGUAAUCCUCCGGACAAGCAGCCUUUAACCUUGGAAGGAUUUGACAGUGACCCAGAGGUCAUAGUUUACCAUGGUAACUUGAAUUUCAGCGUGGGAAAUUUGAAGUAUUAUAAGUCGCCACUGCCUCUUCCCUUGGAAGUACUCAUCUCAAUAGGAGUGGUGUUCAUUCUCCUAAUUUUAUUCUGCAUAAUUGGGUGCUGUGUCUAUCGCAAGACAGGUAAAAGUGAGAAGAAGCUGAGACAGAUCCAACAACAGUUUGACCAGCUUGAAAUGCAAGUUGCUCAGGAAUGCAAAGAAGCCUUCGCUGAGCUCCAAAUAGAAACUGAAUUGCCAGGUAAUGAGGAGGAUGAAAACCAGGGAAUUCCCUAUCGAGAAUUCCGCAACUUUAUCCUACGUGUCCUCUUUCAUGAUCAGCUGGACCACCCGAUUUUACGUGAGAUGCCUGAAAAUGGUGUGCGAUCAGAAAGAGUUGAGAACGGUCUGCAACAAUUUGGCAGCCUAAUCAACAAUAAAACAUUCUUGCUGUCAUUUAUACGGACACUCGAGAACCAGUCCUCCUUUACUAUCAAAGAUAAGAGCAAUGUGGCAUCCUUGCUGAUUGUCGUGCUACAGAGUAAAAUGGAUUAUGCCACGGACAUUCUAAAAGUUUUAUUAGCCGACCUUAUAGAAAAAGGCGUUGAAGAGGACCGUGCAAGGUUAUUAAUGAGAAGAAAUGAGUCUGUUGCUGAAAAGUUUGUCAGUAAUUGGCUGAGCUUCCUGUUGCACAGUUACCUGCAGGAAUCGGCUGCAACUCCAUUGUACCGAUUGUUCCGUGCAAUUAAGAUACACAUAGAGCGCGGCCCGGUAGAUGCAGUCACGGCCGAUGCCAGGUACUCCUUAAACGAGGGCAAACUUAUCCGCGAAAUCCUUGAUUAUGAAACCCUGACAAUUAUUGCAAUAGGAUUGGACCCAAGCAAGGAUCCAAUAGAAGUCAAGGUUCUCAGCAUCGAUACAAUUAUGCAGGCUAAAGAGAAAAUAAUGGACGCCCUCUACAAAAACGUGCCAUACAGUGCCAGACCCUCCCCAGACUCUGUUGAAUUGGAGUGGAAAAACACAUCAGGUCGGUUAACACUGCAAGAUGAGGAUGACUAUACCAAGGGAGAUGGAGAGUGGAAGCGUUUGAAUACACUUAGCGUUUACGAAAUUAGGGAUCGUGCUUCAAUUACCCUGAUUAACAAACAGGGUUGCAACUCAACAUUAAACCACCCAAGAUACAUGAACAGUCAUGUAUCAGCAAGUCCUAGUAGAUCCAUGUCUCCAAUGCUGGGACAGUCUGACUCGGAGAGCAGCGUUAAAGUGUGUCAUCUUGUCAAAUAUGGUGACAAUGACAACCAGGAAGGUGAUAGAGGAAACCGCAUGGUUUCGGAAGUCUUCUUAACACGGUUAAUAUACACUAAGGGUGCGUUACAGAAAUUUGUUGAUGAUUUAUUUUCAACGAUUUUAAAUGUAGAGCGUGAGGCUUCAAAUGUUCCCGUACCAAUAAAAUAUUUGUUCGACUACUUUGAUGACCAAGCAAAACAAAAUGGUAUUACUAACCCUGAAGUAGUACAUGCCUGGAAAAGCAAUAGUUUACCGCUACGGUUCUGGGUGAACCUCAUCAAGAAUCCAGAUGUGAUCUUCGACAUCCACAAAUCUGAUGCAGUUGAUGCAUGUCUGUCGAUUAUUGGUCAGACUUUGAUGGACUCUUGUUCAGUUUCUGAACACCAACUUACGAAAGAAUCACCAUCCAGUAAACUACUCUAUGCUAAGGAUAUUCCAAACUACAAGAAGCUAGUAGCAGAGUAUUAUAAUGAGAUUCAAAUGAUGCCUGUAGUCAGUGAUCAAGACAUGAACAAGAUUUUGACAGAUCACUCACUUAAACAUAAAUACGAUUUCCAUGAGCAAACUGCACUGAACGAGCUGUACUACACUUAUGUGCGAAAAUACAGGACAAACAUCAUGUUGAGCCUUGAAGAUGACGAAAUUGCUCAAGAACACAAGCUAGGGUUCAAGCUCUCGGAAGUUGAACAAGCUAUGGCAGACUCAAAAUUAUCCCAUUAAUUACAACCCAUGCUGGCGAUAUUCAAAACUUUAGUUUGAACAUUGUAUGACACAACUGUCAUAUCCACCAUGCCUUAACAUGUUGGCUGCCAUGCGAGCAGAAUAGUGCUAUUUAGACCUACAUUACGCCACAUACGAGUUACUGUUUUUGGAUGUUUUUCGCAUGAGCUCAUAGAAAUUAAAAUACAAUUGGUUUAUGUUACAAUAUCUUUGAAUGUAUUCAUAGCGGCGUACAGUAUUGUUAGUACUGAUAUACUCGUAGUUAGCAGUCAGCGUGUUGGUGUUUCUUGAUCUUUGAUUGUUGAAAUGCUCUCUUCGCAGAUAAUAAGCGGUCUAGAAUCGGACGAGUUUGCCCAGAAGAACAAGCUUUCUUUCAAAUUUGAACAAGUCGAACAGUUAAUGGAUGACUCAGUCGUAUAGUUGAUGUUCUUAAGAUGACUUGUUAAAAGUAUAGUUCAGUAUGAGCAUUUUGGGCAUGUAAUCUAAUUUUACCUCUGUGGGUUGGAAGAGCUUUUAUAUCAUCCAGAGCCAUACCAAAAGAUUUCAAAAUAAAAAAUUAAAAAAUUAAAAAUACAAAAAAAAAUCCCAGAUACAAUAACCUCAUUAUAACCAAAUAUCCGUAUGACUUUUAAUGUGUUUCCCCUACACAAACUUAGGAAUGUUUUAACUUAAAUUUCAAGAACAUUAUUAACAUUCAGUGAUUUUGAUUAUCUUGUUUCCUUGAUUUAACAUGAUUAUGAUUAGGCAUUCGCAUUUCCUCCCCAAUUUUGAAUGUAUUUUUUUUCCAGGGAAACAAAAUAUGAUCAAAUUGAUAAAAUGUUUUCUAAUGGAAUUGUGCUAAAGAUGUUAAGACAUAUAAAUGCUGAAAUAUAUUAGUUUUCAUAUGAACAUUUAUUUAAGUUCAUGUAUACAUGAGCACUGAUUAUGAUAACUCACAAGGUUUAUAUAACUGCUACUACAUUGUAUUUUUAUUGUUGUUACUGAAAUUGGACAUCAAAAUGUUGAUAACUUUAUAUAUUUUUUCACCAUAGAAGUUUGUAAGUAUUCAAAAUCAAAUCCAGUGAUCACAUCAUUUUAGACAAUAAUUUUGGAAAUAAUUAUAUUCCAUUGUGAAAACAUUCAAUUACACCCAUAUUGUUAAGGUCUGUCCACACUUUAAAAUGUUAUGUGACAAAUGCCUGCUAUUUGUCCAUAUUUGGGUGUAUGACAUCAGAAUGCACAUAUAUGGGUAAAGCGCACAGAUUUGUUGCAUACAUUUUGACAGCUUUAAGUAUUCAAUGUUCAGUAGCAUCUUGAUAAAUUAGACCAAACAAUUGUUUAAUUUGUUCUCUCCAUUUUUUUUACAGAGAUAAGUAUAGAAUAAAGUAUAGAGUCACAACAUUUUCUUUUAUAAACAUUGAAUACAAUUAUUUUUAUUUUUAUAUGAAUUCAAUAAAAGUAAUUUCAUCAAUUUUUAUAUAUACAAUACAUGUAUAUAACUGUUAUUUGAAUACUUGCUAUAACAGUAAUUCAAAAAAUGAGAAAAUUAAAUGUAUUUAGGCUGGAAACACGUUGAAAUCAAAUAACUGGAUGACAUUUUAUUUCGUUUUUAAAGUUAGGUUUUUAUAAAACUGAAAAUAGCCAUGAUAAUAAAAUUCAUAAUCCAUGAGUCAGUUCACCAGGUGUUAGGUCUCACUUGUGUGUCCUAAUGUAAAUUUAUGUAAAUUUUGUUUUUUCAUAAGCAAUCUAUGCAAACACAGGUUUUUCUAUUAAUGUUGAUUUCAAUACAAUAUGGUAAACCCACAGAAUCAAAGAUUCUGGAAAGGGGGAAAUUGUAAAGUGGGGGGUUUUGAUAAACCAUGCAACAUAAGUGCCCUUGAUUUUUUCCCUUUUUUAUAUUUUAGGUGUAUAAUUAUUUUUGUUGAAAUUUUAUUCAGUUGUGUUCGUGACAUGGUUUAUAUUGUUUAUGUUUCUUGAAUGUAUAUAGGGAUGGAUAUAAGUUUAGGACCACAAUAUCGGUAUUUCCAAUUGUUGUGGGAUAUAAAAUCAUGGUCGGAUGUUAAUUAGCAUAUUAUAUUUCUUCUCCAUGUUAAUGGAAAAUAUCCAUUAGGCUUAAAAUAAUGAUUCUGAUGUUUAUGAUAAUUAAUGAAGACAAAAAGGCAAGUAAUUAUAUUGUCAGUAAAGUGAGUAUGUUGAUAGUACAACAUGCCAACUUUAUGAAGAGCAUUGUUUGGUUUUUGACCAGACAUUUUUGUAAAUAGUAAAAUAAAAAAUGAAUUAACAUGUCAAAUAUAUGAAAACAAAAUAUUUUCCAUAUUAGCAUUCGGCAUUCUUUUUUUUUUCUAAAAAAAAUAACAGAUUCUAAAUUAUUGUUUAAUGAAUUUGUGCUAUGAAUUCUCUAUAUAUAUUGUGUAUCAUUAUUUACAUAAGGUAGUCUUUCUUCAGCCAUGUUGUAUAUAUAUAUUUUUUUUUGGUUAAUGUUCUAGUGAAGAUGAGGGUAAGGUUGUUACAUAGAAGUAGUAUUAGAAUAGACAUUAUAUUUUUCUUUAAACAAUAAAUAUGCUGAAACAGAGCCUAACCGUGUUUGUGAUUCCGAAGAAGAAAUUGGGAACAAUGCCAUAGUAAACGUUUUUUUUUGGGGUUUUUUUUGUAUGACGUAUUAUAUGCUAUUUUUCGUUGAAUUUAAGGUUGUUAUUGAAACUGUCUUUGUAAAUGUAAAAAGGUUAAUUUGUCAAUAGGGGGCGCCAAAUACGAAUAGAAUCGCUUUCAUAUAGAUUUACUGCUAAUUUUGCAAGAUCUCUACUUGUUGAAACACUUAUUGUUCGGCAGACAAAUCAACACUAAAAAUACCAAACGAUGGUCUGCAAUCUGUUUUUGUGUUGUUUAUUACGUUAACUUAGUAUUAAACAAGGUUUUCCUAAUAUCAGUUGAA